AACAAGGAAGUGUUUUAGCGCAACGCUUUACUGUCAGGUCUAGCGGGGGUAGCUAGCUCUGAAAUGAGUUCCUGGUUCAGUUAAACACGUUUUUGUGUUUUUUAUUUAUUCAUUUAUUUGUUGGGGACCUCGCUGAGAGCUCGGGUUGGUAACAAGAUGGUCCAGAACCUGUUCCGGUCGGGUUUUCUGGUUCGGCUCGGUCACACCGUCCUAACCUGGGUCGUAACCCUGGUUCUGUUCCUGCACAACACCGAUUUGCGGAGAUGCGAGGAGCGAGGGGAGCUGCUGGCGCCGGCGCUGUUCUUCCUGCUGGUUCUGCUGUCGGUGCUUUUAUACUUCGCCGUCUCCUUAAUGGAUCCUGGAUUUGUUCUGACUGACACGACCGGCCAAGGUUCACAUGAAGAAACGGAGUCAAUGAUUGCAGAGCCGUCGACCCCUCGGCUGCGGCGCUGCGGGUUCUGUCUGCUGCAGCAGCCAAUGAGAGCGAAGCACUGCCAGACGUGCAAACGCUGCGUGCGGCGCUUCGACCACCACUGCCCCUGGAUGGAGAACUGCGUCGGGGAGAGGAACCACCGCUGGUUCGUCGUCUACCUGCUGGUGCAGCUGCUGGUGCUGCUGUGGGCCCUUCGCAUCGCCCUCUCCGGCGUUUCUCCAGCUGCGGCGUGGGAACCGUGGCUCAGAGCCAACGGGCUCCUGCUGGCGGCGCUGGCCCUGGUCGGGGUCUUCUCCGGCGUGGUGCUGCUGCUGCUGGGCUGCCACCUCUACCUGGUCUCCACCAACUGCACCACCUGGGAGUUCAUGUCCCGUCACCGGAUCUCUUACCUGAAGAACUGCGGAGACGAGGAGAACCCGUUCGACCGAGGCCUUUUCUGCAACCUGUGGGACUUCUUCUGCGUCUGCAGGACGGUGAUGUGGGAGCAGGUCUACCAGAAACACGCCCCGGACCCCGCCUGAACCCCACCUGUCCAAUUUAGGGUUUUAAAAUGGAGGACACACGGACUGUUUGCAGGAGAAUAUCAUUAUUUUUGGCAUAGAUUUCGCUUCCAAGGAGCCACAUCUUUCUU